CCGAGGCCACGCCCACCGGCGCCGCGAGGGCUGUCGGGACGGCCCCGGUCUUUCCGCGCUUGAGGCUGGCCAGCGGCGCUGGGGAAGCCAAAUCGUUGCCGUCGCCGUUAGCGUGCCCCUGGCGCGGGACUGGGCCCCGGAAGAUAGCCCACAAUGGCUGAAAAUGGUGAUAAUGAAAAAAUGGCUGCCCUGGAAGCCAAAAUCUGUCAUCAGAUUGAGUAUUAUUUCGGUGACUUCAAUUUGCCUCGGGACAAAUUUUUAAAGGAACAAAUCAAACUAGAUGAAGGCUGGGUCCCUUUGGAGAUAAUGAUAAAAUUCAACAGGUUAAAUCGUCUAACAACAGAUUUUAAUGUAAUAGUUGAAGCAUUGAGCAAAUCUAAGGCAGAACUCAUGGAAAUAAGUGAAGACAAAACUAAAAUCCGAAGAUCGCCAAACAAACCCCUCCCUGAAGUAACUGAUGAAUAUAAAAAUGAUGUGAAAAACAGAUCUGUUUACAUUAAAGGUUUCCCAACUGACGCAACCCUUGAUGACAUAAAAGAAUGGUUAGAAAGUAAAGGUCAAGUACUAAAUAUUCAAAUGAGAAGAACAUUACAUAAAGCAUUUAAGGGAUCAAUAUUUGCUGUGUUUGAUUGCAUUGAAUCUGCCAAGAAGUUUGUUGAGAUGCCUGGCCAGAAAUACAAAGAUACAGACCUGCUAAUACUUUUCAAGGAAGAUUACUUUGCCAAAAAAAAUGAAGAAAGAAAGCAAAAUAAAGUAGAAGCCAAAUUACGAGCUAAACAAGAGCAAGAAGAAAAACAAAAGUUAGCAGAAAAUGCUGAGAUGAAAUCUCUUGAAGAAAAGAUUGGAUGCUUGCUGAAAUUUUCAGGGGAUUUGGAUGAUCAGACCUGUAGAGAAGAUUUGCAUAUUCUUUUCUCAAAUCAUGGUGAAAUAAAAUGGAUAGACUUUGUCAGAGGCGCAAAAGAGGGAAUAAUUCUAUUUAAGGAAAAAGCUAAAGAUGCACUGGAUAAAGCCAAAGAUGCAAAUAAUGGUAAUCUACAAUUAAGGAACAAAGAAGUGACAUGGGAAGUUCUUGGAGGAGAUGUGGAGAGAGAAGCACUGAAAAAAAUCAUAGAAGAUCAGCAAGAAUCCCUAAAUAAAUGGAAAUCAAAAGGUCGAAGAUUUAAAGGAAAGGGGAAGGGAAAUAAAGCCCAAGCUGGGUCUGCUAAAGGAAAAGUACAGUUUCAGGGCAAGAAAACUAAAUUUGACAGUGAUGAUGAACGUGAUGAAAAUGGUGCAACUGGACCGGCAAAAAGAGCAAGAGAAGACACAGACAAAGAUGAACCUGCAUCAAAACAAAAGAAGACAGAAAAUGGCGCUGGGGACCAGUAGUUUUAAUAACCAAAAAUUUUAAAAAUCACUUUUAUUAGUAAUUAUGUGGCUUCUGUUUAAAGACUUUUAGAAAGAAAACCGAAUUAAGUCCACUUCAAUGUCCACCUGUAAGAAAAAAAAAUUGUUCAACUCUUUCGUUAUCUAAAUUUUUUAAUGUAUAGUUCUGUUUGUGUUAUUUCUGUAUUCAAAUAUCAAAAGAUUCACUAAAUUGCUUUUGUAAUAUGAAAAUUACUACAAACUAAUAAAAAUAUAUACUGUAUAAAAAGAACCAAAAAUUAAGUUUUCUUUUUGUGCCCAAAGCACUUGGUAAAGUAUUUGUAAAAUAGAAGUACUGAGUUAAUUACAGGCAUACCUGUUUUUAUUGCACAGAACAGUAUUGCAGUUGCGGGUUUUACAAAUUGGAGGUUUGUGUCAAUUUGCAUUACAUGUAAUUAAAGAGUGGGUUUUUUUCAGCCACAAGGCACCUAUAGAAGCAUAGUGUAAAUGUAACUUUCAUAUGCAUUGUUAAAAAUGUGACACUAUCUUUAAGUUGUUCCUGCUUGUAUUCUCCUGGGCUGUUGACUUCCUGUAUUUACUAGGACAACUUAUUAGCACUAAAAAUGCUUAUUGGAACUUUUGAUACUGAAUUGUAGCAAAGACAGAAAUGAAGACUUAC